AUGUCUCUGGGCGACGGAACGGCCGAAAAUGGAGGAGGGCAGGCAGUCGGAAACGCUGGUGUCGCAAGUCCGCCCACGACGACACCGCCCAGCGACGAGAUCAAGAGCCAGGUGCAAGAUGUCUUGACUUCAGAGAUCGGCAUUUCUGCCAUGCUCAACAGACUGAAGCAGAGCAUCGCCUCAGCCAAGGAGUUUGCUCUCUUCCUCAAGAAGCGUGCGACCCUUGAGGAAGAGCACGCGAACGGGCUCAAGAAGCUUUGCAGGAUGUCGCAGGAAAGCAUCCAGCGCACCGAGCACAGAGGCGGCAGUUUCGCAAAGGCCUACGAGGAUAUGAUGACCAUCCACGAGCGCAUGGCGGACAACGGGUCGCAGUUCGCCAUGUCCCUACACCAGAUGCACGAGGACCUGGUGGAGUUGGCCUCCAUUGCUGAGAAGUCGCGCAAGGGCUGGAAGCAGAAUGGCCUCGCAGCCGAGCAGCGCGUGGCCGAGUUCGAGGCUGCCAUGCGCAAGUCCAAGGCGAAAUACGACUUACUGGCCGAGGAGUACGACCGUGCCCGCACCGGCGACACUAGCGGCCGGCAAGGAGGCAAGAUGUUCGGCUUCAAGGGGCCCAAGUCGGCGGCGCAGCACGAGGAAGAUCUGCUGCGAAAGGCCCAAGCUGCUGACCAAGAUUACUUGGGCAAGGUGCAGGCCGCGCAGACUGAACGUGCCGAGUUGGUGUCGAGGACUAGGCCUGAGACGGUGAAAGCACUGCAAGAUACUGUGAAGGAGUGCGACUCUGGAGUCGUUUUGCAGAUGCAAAAGUUUGCGUCGUACAACGAGAAGCUCCUCCUCAGCAACGGCCUGAGCAUAAGCCCCCUCAAGAAUGGGCCAGAAGCGCGCAGCUUACGAGAAUGCGUCCUCGCAAUCAACAACGAGAAGGACUUGAACGACUAUAUCAGUGGCCACCACGCCAGGCUGCCGCCGCGGACGGGGCCGAUUAAAUAUGAGCACAAUGCCCUGCUCGACCAACAGAACAGGGUUCCAACAGCACUGAACCCCAUGCAACAAGGGCCUGGCCAGCAGCCGUCACAGCCGCAUAUGUUCCAGGGCUCUAUGAAUUCAAGGUCUAGCACAUUUGCAGAUUCUCCCCUCACUUCGCCAAACCAAGGGAUGGGGCUUCCUUAUGCGCCAAACAUGGUUGGCGCUGGCCAGCGACCCUCCUCGCAGCCGCAGCAUGAGAGGAACUUCAGCCACAGCAGCAUCUCUAGUCAAAACAAUGGCCCCUCUGGCCAAAUGUACGGGGCUCCUCGGGGCUCCACCAACCAGCAGCAGUCCCAGAUGGCCAACUCGAGAUUCAACGGUGCACCAAUCGCCAGCGGCUCUCAAGGCCCUCCGCAGCUGGGAGCUCUCUCAUUCCAAACCUCGCCACCCCAGCAAUCCCAGCCACCUCAGCAAUUCCAGCAGUUCCAGCAGGCACCACCAACUCAGCAAUCAUAUCAAUCCCCUCCACAGCAACUAUCUUACGGCCAACCUCCUCCCCAACAAGCAGUUCCGGUCUCGAACCCACUUCUGUCAAAUCCCCACCAGUCCAACCCCCUGCAGUCCAACCCACCCAACGGCCCGGUUAUGGGUCCCGGCCAAUCCCGCGCCCAGUCACCGCCAGCGGCGCCACAAAUAGCACCGUCUCGCCCGGUUUUCGGCCUUUCUCUCUCCAGGCUUUAUGAGCGAGAUGGAUUGGCAGUGCCCAUGGUUGUUUACCAGUGCAUCCAGGCUGUAGACCUCUUUGGCCUUGGCGUCGAGGGCAUCUACCGGCUGUCAGGUUCGGUACCACACGUCAACAAGCUCAAGACUCUUUUCGAUACGAACUCUGGAUCUACCAAUCUUGACUUCCGGAAUCCUGAAAAUUUCUUCCAUGAUGUGAACAGCGUAGCAGGUCUGCUCAAGCAGUUCUUCCGAGAUCUGACUGAUCCGCUCCUGACCCAAGAGCACUACGCGGCCUUUGUUGAAGCAGCCAAAAACGAAGACGAUAUUCUCCGCCGUGAUUCGCUACACGCCAUCAUCAAUAGCCUGCCAGACCCCAACUACGCUACCCUCCGUGCACUCACUCUGCACCUGCACCGUGUCAUGGACAAUUCGGGCACCAACCGCAUGAGCGGCCAGAAUCUCGCCAUUGUCUUUGGCCCGACGCUCAUGGGCACGGCGCCCGGCGCCAAUAUCUCGGACGCGGGCUGGCAAGUCCGCGUCGUGGAGACCAUCCUCCAGAACACGUACCAGAUCUUUGACGAUGACGAUUAA